AUAAACCAACAAACAAAUAAAACAUGAAUCCCUGUCAACCACUCGCCAACCCCCCACCCACCCGGACGGCUCACUACUACCACUACCUCCUUUUAUUUCGGAAAUCCCUAAAUUAGCCAUAUCCCCUUCUCUAAUUCUCCGUUUCUACCCCUGCUCCGCCUCCCCAACCUGGGGUUUCUGAUCUGAUUCCUCGUCCACCGUCCGGUUUCAGAAACCCUAUUCCUCGCAGAAGCUCAUAUCCCCCAACCGAAUUUUCGCGCCAGGGUUUUAUAUCAUCAGUCGGCAUCGUGACGGAAUCCGGUCAAACUUUAGCUGUUUCAGCUGCGGCGAUGAAGCACACGAAGAGGAGGAGGAGGAAGAAGAGCUCGGCGGUUCCGACGCCGGUCGCCAAGGAAGACGAAGAGCAGAAGGUGAUCCGCGCGCUUAUGGAGGUUUUCUCGUCGGUAUCGCUUGACGAUGCCACUUAUGCAUACCGAGAAGCCGAUGGCGACGCGGGCAAGGCCGCGGAGAUUUUGGAACGGGCUGUGGCUGAAUGUUCCGAAGAGCCGUUCACGAGCUCCACAGCGAGUGGCGUUUCUGGAUCGGACGCGGCUUCGAGUUCGGGCUCGAGCUCGGGUUUGGGUUCGUCGGAAGGGUUUGAGUCGGGUUGUAUUCAGAAUUUGGUGAGCGAGAAGGGUUUAAGGGGUAAGCAGAAGAGGGUUGUGGCGGCCGCCGGAACGGUAUCGACGGUUUUGGGUAAGGAGUACGUGAGCUCGAUUCCCAGGAGGGGUCCAACGUCGUCAGAAGUGACGAAGCUGAAGGGUUUUGGUAAUGGAGGUGCUGCUGGGCAAGAGGAAGCUGAGCAGUUUCUUUGUUCUAUGCUUGGAGAUGAGUCUGAGCUGAGCUUAGCGGUUGUUAGAGACGUCCUUUUUCAGUGUGGGUAUGAUGUUGAAAAGGCCUUGGAUGCAUUGCUUGAGGCCUCUUCCUCGUAUGAACAGUCCAGUAGUAGUUCUAACUAUAUAAUGUUUUUUAAGGAAGAUAAUAGACAUCCCUUUGAACAGUCUGACACUCUGACAGAUAGGGCAUCUGAUUGCACUUCGCAUUCGUCUGAAUAUGAGCAAGAUAAUAUAUGGAAUUAUUCGAAGGUACUCACUGAUUCUGAAGCUCAUUCUCCUGGUAGCCCCAAAAGUACUGCAGCAGAUCUCUCUCAAAAGGUGUUGGAAUCUUUGUUUAACAUCUCCAAGAGUGCUGAAUAUGAACCAAAAACCAUGAAUUGGAAGAAUGUUGCAACUAAAUUGCAGUCGUUGGCACCUAGGUAUGAUGUUUGCACUUCUGGCUCAGCGGAAGCACAGCAGGUCAAUUUUGCUCAAGGAGAUGAAUAUCAUGCUUUCAGAGGAACUGCAAAGGAGCACUGGGAUUCAAUGAGGUCCUACUAUCAGAAAGCUGCAACGGCAUAUUCAAGAGGAGCACGGGAACAUGCAGGUUACCUCGCUGAGCAGGCGAAGGUACAAACUAAAUUGGCACAAGCAGCUGACGAAAAGGCAAGCCAGGAAAUCUUUAAAGCUAGAAACAAGGACAUAGAAAAUGUGAUAACAAUUGAUUUGCAUGGGCAACAUGUCAAACAAGCCAUGAAACUUUUAAAAAUCCAUCUACUUGGAACUUAUGCACAAUCGGUUCAAUUCCUCAGGGUUAUCACAGGGUGCGGGUCGCAUGGUUAUGGAAAGUCAAAGCUGAAGCAAUCGGUCAUCGAACUUGCUGAGAAUGAAGGUAUUCAAUGGAGGGAAGAGAAUCGAGGAAUGGUAUUACUCAAGCUAGGUUCACAUAGAGAGUUCAGCUUUCAGGAUGCAGAGGGUGAUCCCGAGUAACCUCCUUUAGCAUGGUUUGUAAUACCCACCACCGGUUGUGUUUCUGGUUAAUGUUGUCAGGCAAUAGGGAGUUACUGUUUAGUGUAGUCGCCUUAAUGUCGUGUUGGAGGCCAAGUUUACGGAUGUCCAUAUUCAUCUCUUUUCUCUAGGUCGCUAAAUCAUCUAGACGCCUCCAUUGAAGAAACUAGCUUAGCUCAAGUUGCUCGUUGUACUUACUGUGUGUAGGGCAUGUAUAUAACUUGAGAAAACUGUGUAAAACUUGACUUAGUUGACAAUGACGGGUCGUUUGUUACUGUUUA